CGCGCUCGCGCCAAAGCAGAUGCAAAUAAAAUCCGCCCCGCGCGCAGGUGCAGCGUUUCCUUUCCUUAUCCAAAAAAACUGCUGCCGUCCGUGGCGGUGCAGGAUGGCACUGCCGUCCUCGCCUGCAAGCACAAUCCAUCACCCGCCUCGCAUCUCCUCCUGCUGCUGCUGCCCGCCGUCGCCAUGCCCGUGCCCCGUCCAGAUUCAGACUACCAGCCGCGCCACUCCCUCCGCAGCAUAUCUUCUUCCUCUUCGUGUUGCCACUGCUUCUCCCACUGCCAUCAGCACAAGAAGUCCAGGUCCAGGUCGACGGCGUCUGCCGCCUCUGGCUGCCCUCCCGGACCCCCAAUCCGCCGCGGCGCUUCUCGUCGUCGCCGCCGGGACAGUCGGUGCCGCCAGCCUCCUGCUCCGCUCCACCUCCUCCUCAUCAUCCGCCGCCUCACAAUCACAACAGCAGCAGCAGCGGCAGGACGAACAAGAAGAGGUAGAGGGAGAGGAGUGCCCGGACUGCGGCGGGACCGGGCUCUGCGGCCGCUGCAAAGGAGAGGGCUUCGUCUUCAAGCAGCUCUCCGAUGAGACGGCCACCAAGGCACGCAAGGCCGCCAAGAACAUGGCCACUAGAUACACCGCCGGGCUGCCGACCAAGUGGACCUACUGCAACAAGUGCUCCUCCACCCGCUCCUGCACGACCUGCGGAGGCUCCGGCAGAAUCAUCACCACACCUGUCACCUAGCUAGCACCCAAGCUUAUCCAUGGAAUUUGCAGCUAUUAUGUAUAAGAAGCUUGAAUAAUAGGAGGUACAAAGAUAUAGGAGAAACGAUUUACCUCUGAGAUUAUGAUGUCAUGUGCCAAAAAACUCCCGCAGCCUCAGUUUCAGUUAUCUUUUGCGUCUAAUAAGUACUCCUUAACCUGCUUAUCUUUA